CCUCUAUGUACCCACCUAGGUACGUACCUCUUACCGUAGAUAACCGAUAAGUGUGGAUGCCACUUAACGCGUACCAGGGCAGCUGCAGGGCAUCAAAAACGCGUCUUCAAUCGCGGGGUCUAGCUCUCAAAAGAUUGCCAAGUACAAAAGUUACAAGGACUUUACCACUUGGCACUAUUAACAUCUUUCUCACUUACCAACCAUCAGAAUAUUACAGCUUAGUUCAUUCUGCAAAAUGGAGGACGAAGAUAUAUCCCACCACUACGAUAACAGCCACCGCGCGUUCCUACAGGCCUUCAUGGCCCGCGGCACCAUGACGUUCAAUCAAGCACAACCCAUCCUCGCUGCUAUAUUCACAGCCCACGACGAAAACGAACACAAAAAGGGGAACAGCGAUGAAGAGCCCGAGGUGACACGGCCGGAACAGGUUACACGCGAGGACUUCGAGUCGUACGUAUCGGCAGUAUCGGCAGCUAUCUCCCCCUUCGACAUGGAAAUCCGAUCGAUCACGCACCAAGUCUCCAAGGAACGCGUGUAUUCCCUCAUCAACAUGACAUCAGACCCCAUGACGCAACUAGCAACGCUACGCUCGGCCGAAGAGAUGGCGUUUGUAAGAAGGGUCAUCGACGCCAUGUUCGACCGGUAUAAUUCCCCUAGAAUGGAAGUCCUAUGUCUAGACGGUAUGCAAGCUAAUAAGCUGCGAACGGCGCCGCGCAACGAGGACGGGGAAAGCGGCAACGGCAAUGGAGCGGGAGAAAAUGGGUCGCAGGCCGUAGGUAGUCUGAAGGGCCUCAAGAGCAGCGAGGUAGAACAAGUCCUGCGCGGCCUCGUCGACGAGGGCUGGUUCGAGCGCAGCCGCGCGGGCUUCUACUCGCUCUCCGCGCGCGCACUAACCGAGCUCCGGCAAUGGCUCGUCGACGCGUACAACGACCCCGAGGCCGGCGAUGGCGAGUGGCAGCGCGUCAAGUUCUGCGAGGCGUGUCGGGAGAUUGUGACGGUGGGCCAGCGGUGCGCGGAGCGCGACUGCUGCAUCCGGUUGCAUGAUAUUUGCCAGGAGGCGUUUUGGCGCACGCGGAAGGAACGCGUGUGUCCGCGGUGCAGUACGGGGUGGACGGGGAAGAAUUUUGUGGGGGAGAGGGCGGUUACGGAGACGGAGGCGUACCAGAGAGGGAGGAGACGGAGUGGGAGGGGGGGUGGGCGGAGUAGUCUUGUGGAGGAUAUUAUGGAUGGGGGGGAGGAUGAGGAUGAGGAUGAGGAGUGAGGGGGUCUGUUUUGGGCUGUCUUGCUGUUAUGCUCGGCCUCUCCUUUUUUGGGAGUGGUGGUGAUGCUACCUUUCUUUCUACUGUACUUUUAUACCGGCCUCGGCUGGCUGCUUAGAGAAUAAAAGGGAAAGGGAAUGGAAUGGACACAAAAUGGAGGUGUUUGUUAGAUUAGAUACCCUUGGACUUGUUCCUUGAAAAUGGAAUUACUACGUAUGUUUAUGGGAUAUCGUCUAGCUUGACUAUAAUAUUUUGAUUAUUAAAAUAAUUGCUAG